AUGGCUGAUGCUGCCAGGUUCCGGCUGACGGGUGCGCAGUCCCGUGCAUCUCGGGCCUAUGAUCUCUGGGACGACGUCUUGAGCAUCUGCAGGACGAGGGCAUCCGCUCUGUCAAGAGCUGUUUCCGGAGAGCCUGCUGCAGUUCCGGGACAGCCUGCGGCGCUGCUCGAGCAGCACCACAGGAGUUAUGCUUCCUCUGCUCGCGACCACUUCAUGGAGCUCGCCCGUUGGAUCCCAGCGUUCCCCGCAGCUCUGCUGUGCCACGUGAACUCCGGGCUGGACUUGAGGACCCAGCUGCGGCAGUCCCGGGGUCCGGAUCAUGAGGCGCACGAGGCACCACGGGCACCACGGGCACCGCUGUCCGUAUCCGGGCAGCGACGACGGAGACUAUAUGGGUGGUUGUCAAUAUUAGGGUCCCUUGCUGGGUCCUUAUUAUAA